UCAAGCGUCAACAACUCAACUGUCAAAACAAAAAUGGCGAACCGCACGGUAAAAGACGCGAAAUCAAUUCGCGGUACAAAUCCACAAUAUUUAAUUGAAAAAAUCAUAAGAUCGAGGAUUUACGAUUCUAAAUAUUGGAAGGAAGAAUGCUUCGCAUUAACAGCAGAAUUACUUGUGGACAAGGCUAUGGAAUUGCGCUACAUUGGUGGUGUGCACGGUGGCUUCAUAUAUCCAACACCCUUUUUAUGUUUGGUUUUGAAAAUGUUACAAAUUCAACCGGAAAAAGAUAUUGUGGUCGAGUUCAUAAAGAAUGAGGAAUUCAAAUACGUUCGUGCUUUGGGUGCUUUUUACAUGAGACUCACAGGUUCUUCUGUAGACUGUUACAAAUAUCUUGAACCAUUAUACAAUGACAACCGUAAACUUAGGAAACAGAAUCGUGAGGGCCAGUACGAAAUAGUGCACAUGGAUGAGUUUAUUGAUGAAUUGUUAAGAGAGGAAAGACUAUGCGAUGUAAUUCUACCAAGAAUCCAAAAACGUUAUGUGUUGGAAGAAAAUAAUGAAUUGGAGCCUAAAGUGUCUGCUUUGGACGAUGAUUUAGAUGAAGAUAUGCCGUCAGAUGAAGAUAAUGCUGACCCAGAUGCCAAAGAAAACAGGAGAGACAAGGAGAAACGAGACAGGGAUAGAAGGAGAGACCGAUCAAGAGAACGUGACCGUCGAGACAAAGACCGCAAGCGAGAACGAUCAAGGAGUAGAGAUAGAGAACGUAGACGGGAACGCGAAAGAGAGAGAGGAAAAGAGAGGGACCGAGCCAGGGAGCAGAGGGACCGGGAACGAGAGCUGAGGGACAGGGAAAGGGAGAAAGAAAGAAGAGUUAGAGAGAGAAGGGAGCCUGAGAUUGACAGAAGAAGAGAAAGAGGCAGAUAUUAAGGUUAAGAUUAAACACUUUAGACUUA